AUGUCUGUGUAUGCGGCCGCCUGGAUAAGUGUCCAGUGUAAGAGUGGGUGUGGACUUAGCCACAGCCUCAAGCAGCGGGUUAAGAGCCUUCGUGAACCCUCGAGUGGCGGUCAGGCUCAGUCGCAGUCGAAAACUGAGUCCUUGAGAGCCGUUCUCCUAGAAAUUAUUUUUGGGAGACUAUUCCGUAAGGUGGUUGAAGAUGAAGACCACGACGAUGAAGAUUUCAACCAUGAUGAGCUUCGAUUCAGGAACUUGAACCCGGAACAGAGUGUGGAGCGACAUUAUCGCCGGCGUUUCGAGGCAGCAGCACAAGUAGUAAAGAAAGGAGAUGCUGCCUAUAAGGAAUUCAAUAAGGUACCCAAGAAACACCUUGCACGCAGUUAAACUUACAGAAAGUUGUUUCGAUGAUACCAAAAAACCAAAGAAACUUAACCAGAUUAAUUUGAUGCUUGAAACGAUGUUAAAAAUACUUCACUUGUAGGAUUUGACUUUCUUACCAUGACCAAAUAUACAAACGAAAUCAACUAA